GGCUCGAGCGCAUGCGCAUGGGAAUAGACCGGCGGGUCCGCGUCUCCGCGAGCGGUUCGCGCCGCCCACUGGAGGGCUUCGUGAAAAGAGACUCCAUAGUCUCUGGCCAACUUUCCAGCAAGGCUUAAUUCCACUGAAAUUGGUGCCUUGGGAAAAUAUCUGCUUUGCCAAUGAUCUAAGAUUUGAAGUCAUUUACUGUGUUCUCCAGAGAAACGGCUUACAAGGAACCAUCUCUAUCAUGGAUAAAACUCAGGAAGAACAUUUGACAAUCUGGCAAUCAAGCAACCUGUAUUGGAUGUUUACCGAACAAAUGGAUGCUCAUUUAACAUAAAACUUUGAAAACUCUCCUAUGAAUUCCAGACAUCUAAAGUGUCAUAUACACACUAAUAGGAGGUGUGUGUAGGUAAAGAAGUAGCAAUUAAAUUUUACUGGGAAACUGUAUUAGCAAUAUGCGGAAUAUAUUCUUCCUAUAAACUUUGGGUAGUACAGAAGCUGACUCUCUGUUAUGAAUGGAAAUCUACCCUGGACUUGGAAGGCCCUUUCAAAAUACUCAGUCUCUUAUAAUAAAGAUACAGAAAGCAUAAUGGGAAAUGCAUGGGCUUUGGAAUCCAAACAUAUCUGAUGAAUUGAUAUCAUGUACUAGCUAUGAGAUCUCUGGUUGCCUGUUCCCUCCCGGGGUCCAUGAUGUCUUUGCCUCUUUAUCAGAAGCAAUAUGCUCGGAGCUACCACACCCAGGACCUGGGCACCACCACCAGCCAGUACCAGCAGGAGAAGAAGCGCUCGGCCAUCUACACACACGGCUCGGCGGCCUACAGCAGCCGCUCCUCAGCCGCCCACCGCCAGGAAUCCCAGGCCUUUAGGCAGGCGUCCUCCGCCUCCUACCAGCAUGGCGCCCAGGCCUACAGUUUUGGGGCCGCAGAGUAUUCCCUCGGGUCUGAGGUCAGUCGGAGGGCGGCCUCAGCCUACGAUUAUGGCUACUCCCACGGACUUACAGAUUCCAGUCUGGUGUUAGAAGAUUAUUCAUCCAAGUCAAGCCCUAAACAAAAGAGAGCCAAGCAGAGCCUUCUGUCUGGAGAGGAGAAGGAGAACUUGCCAAGCAACUAUAUGGUGCCCGUUUUCUCAGGACGCCAAGUGCAUGUCACUGGAAUUAUGGAUGCAGAAGAAGAAAGGGUUAAGGAAACUGCUGCAUAUACAGCUCAGAAGAAUCGUCUUGCUAGUGAGGAAGGAAUCACAACAUCCAGACAGUCCAUGGCCUCCCGACAAUCCACUGUCUCCAAGCAGUCCACAGCCUCCAAACAGUCCACUGUCUCCAAGCAGUCCACAGCCUCCAAACAAUCCAUGGCCUCGAAACAGUCCACAGCUUCUAAACGGUCCACGUCUGCGCUUCAGCAGGAGGAAACGUUUGAGAAGAAGUCAAGGAAGGUUGCGAUUCGAGAAAAGGCAGAACGUCUGAUGCUGAGAAAAACACUGGAAGAAACUGAGGCAUUUCAAAGAAAGUUGAAUGAAGAUCACCUCCUUCACGCCCCUGACUUUGUCAUCAAACCUCGGUCCCACACUGUGUGGGAGAAAGAGAAGGUCAGGUUGUACUGCUCUGUGUCGGGCUGGCCGGAACCUCGCCUCACCUGGUAUAAAAACCAGGUGCCAAUAAACGUCCAUGCAAACCCUGGGAAGUAUAUUAUUGGAAGUCGAUAUGGAAUGCAUACUCUGGAGAUUAAUGCAUGUGAUUUUGAAGACACUGCUCAGUACCGGGCCUCUGCGAUGAACGUCAAAGGAGAGCUUUCAGCAUAUGCCUCCAUUGUGGUAAAGAGAUAUAAGGGAGAGUUUGAUGAGACUUGCUUCCAUGCUGGGGUUACCGCUAUGCCCCUCAGCUUUGCUGUUACUCCUUAUGGUUAUGCAUCCAAGUUUGAGAUCCACUUUGAUGACAAGUUUGAUGUGUCUUUUGGGAGAGAGGGCGAGACGAUGAGUCUUGGCUGCCGUGUAGUUAUCACUCCUGAAAUUAAACAUUUCCAGCCAGAGAUCCAGUGGUACAGAAAUGGGGUACCUGUUUCCCCAUCAAAAUGGGUGCAAACACAUUGGAGUGGAGAGCGGGCAACACUGACAUUUUCUCAUCUCAACAAAGAAGAUGAAGGCCUUUAUACAAUCCGUGUACGAAUGGGAGACUAUUAUGACCAAUAUAGUGCUUAUGUCUUUGUUCGAGAUGCUGAUGCAGAGAUUGAAGGAGCUCCAGCUUCUCCCCUGGAUGUGGCAUGCUUGGAUGCCAACAAAGAUUAUAUCAUCAUCACCUGGAAACAGCCUGCUGUAGAUGGAGGGAGUCCUAUUCUGGGAUAUUUUAUUGAUAAAUGUGAGGUGGGCACAGAUAACUGGUCUCAGUGCAAUGACACGCCUGUGAAGUUUGCUCGUUUUCCAGUCACUGGAUUAAUAGAAGGUCGCUCCUAUAUAUUCCGAGUCCGAGCUGUGAACAAAACUGGCAUAGGUCUACCAUCCCGAGUUUCUGAGCCCGUGGCUGCUCUGGAUCCAGCUGAAAAAGCUAGGCUAAAAAGUCGCCCUUCAGCCCCCUGGACUGGACAGAUCAUUGUCACCGAAGAGGAACCCUCAGAGGGUAUUGUCCCUGGGCCCCCCACAGACCUCUCUGUGACCGAGGCCACCCGGAACUAUGUGGUACUCAGCUGGAAGCCCCCCAGGCAACGUGGUCAUGAAGGCAUUAUGUACUUUGUGGAAAAGUGUGACGCCGGCACGGAGAACUGGCAGCGGGUGAACACGGAGCUGCCCGUGAAGUCCCCUCGCUUCGCCUUGUUCGACCUGGUGGAGGGGAAGUCCUACCGCUUCCGCGUCCGCUGCUCCAACUCGGCCGGUGUUGGGGAGCCCUCCGAGGCCACAGACGUGACAGUGGUCGGGGACAAACUGGAUCUCCCCAAGGCCCCCAGCAAUAUCAUACCAAACAGAAACACGGACACCUCGGUGGUGGUUUCCUGGGAGGAACCCAAAGAUGCUAAAGAGCUGGUCGGGUACUACAUCGAGUCGAGUGUGGUGGGCUCUGGCCAGUGGGAGCCCUGCAACAACAAUCCAGUGAAGGGCUCACGAUUCACUUGUCAUGGAUUGACAACUGGUCAGAGAUAUAUUUUCCGAGUCAGAGCAGUUAAUGCUGCUGGACUUAGUGACUAUUCCCAGGAUUCAGAAGCUAUUGAAGUAAAAGCUGCCAUUGGGGGAGGAAUGUCUCCAGAUGUGUGGCCUGAGCUGAGUGACUCACCGUGGGGACUAACAGACCUCAUGCAUGGAGCCCCCCGGCCGAUCCUUAAGACAGACGCUUUGCUUGGUAGCAAACCUAACAAAUCCACGCUACUUGGUAGCGCUCACAAACUGGGCAAUACAGAAGUGAGUAAAGUAAGUGAAACAGUGCAGGAGGAGCUUUCCCCAUCACCAGAGAAAGCAGAACUUAAGGGGAAAAGUAAGUCCGCCCCUCUGAAACAGAAGAAGGAUCUAGCGGCACCGUCUCCACCCUAUGAUAUCACUUGUCUUGAAAGUUUUCGUGACUCAAUGAUUCUUGGAUGGAAGCAACCAGAAAAGACAGGAGGGGCUGAGAUUACCGGCUAUUAUGUGAACUAUCGCGAAGUCAUUGAUGGGGUACCAGGAAAAUGGAGAGAAGCCAACAUUAAGGCUGUCAGUGACCAGGCAUACAAGAUUAGCAACCUGAAGGAGAACAUGGUGUAUCAAUUCCAAGUGGCAGCCAUGAAUGCUGCUGGGCUAGGUGUCCCCUCCGCGGCAAGCAAGUCCUUCAAGUGCGAAGAGUGGACCAUCGCCGUUCCAGGGCCUCCCGAGAACCUCAGGUACAGUGAAGUCAGGAAGACCUCACUGGUUCUCCACUGGAAGCCACCUGUCCACUCCGGGCGGACUCCGGUCACUGGAUACUUUGUGGACAUAAAGGAGGCCAGAGCCAACAACGACCAAUGGCGAGGACUCAACGAGGCGGCCAUCAAAAACAUGUACCUCAAAGUGCGAGGUCUCAAGGAGGGUGCCAGCUACGUGUUCCGCGUCCGAGCCAUGAACCAGGCAGGCGUUGGGAAGCCGUCCGCCCUCGCUGGUCCUGUUGUGGCUGAAACCUGUCCAGGAACCAAAGAGGUGGUUGUAAAUGUGGAUGAUGAUGGAGUCAUUUCAUUGAACUUUGAAUGUGAUCAGAUGUCUCCAAAUUCCAAGUUCACCUGGUCCAAAGAUUAUGCACCCACUGAGGAUUCUCCACGCUUAGAAACCGAAAGCAAAGGCAACAAGACGAAAAUGACCUUUAAAGACCUCGGGACAGAAGAUCUAGGCAUUUAUACCUGUGACAUAACAGACACUGAUGGAAUGGCAUCAAGCUACUUAAUAGAUGAGGAAGAGUUGAAACGUUUGCUUGCUCUCAGUGAGGAACACAAGUUCCCAACUGUUCCAAUUAAAUCCACGUUGGCAGUUGAAAUUUUGGAGAAGGGGCGGGUCCGGUUUUGGAUGCAGGCUGACAAGAUGACAGCCAACACCAAAGUCAGCUACGUAUUUAAUGAAAAAGAGAUUUUUGAAGGGCCGAAAUAUAAGAUGCAUGUUGACCGAAACACUGGCAUCAUUGAGAUGUUCAUGGAGAAGCUACAGGAUGAGGAUGAGGGAACAUACACUUUCCAGCUUCAAGAUGGAAAAGCAACUGGCCAUUCCACUCUUGUUCUCAUUGGAGAUGUUUAUAAAAAGCUCCAGAAAGAAGCUGAAUUCCAGAGGCAAGAGUGGAUCAGAAAACAAGGUCCACAUUUUGUUGAAUAUUUGAGCUGGGAAGUGACUGGUGAAUGUAAUGUUCUGUUGAAAUGCAAGGUGGCAAAUAUUACGAAGGAAACUCAUAUUGUGUGGUACAAAGAUGAGAGGGAGAUCUCAGUGGAUGAGAAGCAUGACUUUAAGGAUGGCAUCUGUACCUUGCUUAUAACAGAGUUUUCCAAGAAAGAUGCUGGGAUUUAUGAAGUUAUCCUGAAAGAUGACCGAGGAAAAGAUAAGAGCAGACUGAAGCUUCUGGAUGAAGCCUUUAAAGAACUGAUGUCUGAAGUAUGUAAACGAAUAGCUUUGUCUGCCACAGACCUGAAGAUCAAGAGCAAUGCAGAGGGCAUCCGGCUGUACUCUUCUGUUACUUACUACCUGGAUGAUCUGAAAGUCAACUGGUCCCACAAUGGAACUGGUAUUAAGUACACCGAUAGAGUCAAGAGUGGGGUGACUGGGGAGCAGAUUUGGUUACAAAUCAAUGAGCCCACUCCCAAUGACAAAGGGAAAUACAUAAUGGAGCUCUUUGAUGGCAAAACUGGACACCAGAAGAUGGUGGAUCUUUCUGGACAAGCAUAUGAUGACGCCUUUGCAGAAUUCCAGAGGUUAAAACAAGCUGCUAUUGCAGAGAAAAAUCGUGCCCGGGUGCUGGGCGGCCUUCCAGACGUGGUCACCAUCCAGGAGGGUAAGGCCCUCAAUCUCACUUGCACUGUGUGGGGAGACCCGUCUCCGGAGGUUUCCUGGUUGAAGAACGAGAAGCUCCUGGCUUCCAGCGAUCACUGCAGCCUCAAGUUUGAGGCGGGGAAGACGGCCUACUUGUCCAUCACCGGGGUGACCUCCGCCGACUCCGGCAAGUACAGUCUGGUGGUGAAAAACAAAUUCGGCACAGAGACCUGUGACUUCACCAUCAGCGUGUUCAUCCCGGAGGAGGAACCCCAGAAAGGAAGCAAGAAGGCCAAGUGAUCACAGACGCGGGCUGUGUGCAAGGGGGCCGGGGGCAGCCGAAGAUGCGCAAGGCUUGUGUGCUCCCCAUUUUUUGUGCUGGCUUUGGGGGAGGGGGGAAUUGUCUAAUCUUUUUCUCAGAUAAAAAGAGCACCAACUAGUGCCAUUUGGGUAGCUUUUCUUUAUCUGCAAAUGAUGUGUUAAGAAAAUACCAUUGGUGGCACAGAUAUUAGGAGAUGGUUUUAAGGAAAAGACCAGAAUAAAGCUGGAGGAAUGUCGGACGGUGGUCAAAGAGCAGAAGAAGGUGUUGUGGAGCCGAGUUUGAAUGUGGCAAGGCUUGUAUCAGGAAAUGCCUGUGGAUGGCAAUUAUGCAAGGAGAUGAGUUGUUAAGCCAACCAGUGUAUUUUGUGUGUUGUGAUGAUAUUGAUUGCAUUUCUGUUGGCAGUCUUGUCAUCUGAAACCUCCUCAGUAUUAAUAAACAGUUUGUACACCUUUCCUCUUCACCA